UUCGACGCUGCCACUCACAAUUAGAAAGAUUCUCAAGUUGAUAAGAGAGAGUGUCAUCCUCCAUUAAUCAGUAACAUUCCACCAACCUUCCUCUGUGCUCAUUUAAAUUAAGGACAGAAAUAAUUUUUUUUUUUUUUUUUUACUCUUGUUUCAUGUUUUUUCUGUCAGAAUACGUGGACAGCAGCAUCCAGUACAUAGCCCUGUUCAUUUCGGUGACAGUUUGCAGCAUCUUUUGUGUCGUUCUCGUCCUCUGCUACUUCAGAUAUAAGCGACAGACAUCGCGGCCGCCCUACAGUAUCGACCUGGAGCAGGAUGAGACAUACAUUCCUCCAGGGGAGACACUGAAGGAUCUGAUAGAGCAUUCCCGCAGCGCCGGGUCCGGGUCUGGAUCAGGUCUCCCUCUGCUGGUUCAGCGGACCAUCGCCAAGCAGAUUCAGAUGGUUAAGCAGAUCGGAAAAGGCCGAUAUGGAGAAGUGUGGAUGGGCAGAUGGAGAGGUGAGAGAGUGGCCGUCAAAGUCUUCUUCACAACCGAGGAGGAGAGCUGGUUCAGGGAAACGGAAAUUUAUCAGACCUUCCUGAUGAGGCAUGACAACAUACUGGGAUUCAUCGCAGCUGACAUUAAAGGAACCGGCUCAUGGACUCAGCUGUACCUGAUUACAGACUACCACGAGAACGGAUCCCUGUAUGACUACCUCAAGUCCAACACCUUAGACGUCAGCGCUCUGCUGAAGCUGGCUUAUUCCUCCAUCUCAGGCCUUUGCCACCUGCACACAGAGAUCUACGGCACACAGGGCAAACCUGCUAUAGCGCACCGAGACCUAAAGAGCAAAAACAUCCUGGUGAAAAAGAACGGCUUCUGCUGUAUCGCCGACCUGGGGCUUGCUGUCAAGUUUAACAGCGACACCAAUGAGGUAGACAUCCCUCCUAACCUACGAGUUGGGACCAAGCGCUACAUGCCGCCUGAAGUGCUGGACGAGGCCCUGAACACGUCCACCUUCCAGUCCUUCAUCAUGGCUGACAUGUACAGUUUUGGUCUCAUUCUUUGGGAAGUGGUGCGGCGAUGCACCUCUGGAGGUGUUGUUGAAGAACAUCAGCUGCCCUACCACGACCUCGUGCCCACUGACCCUUCGUAUGAAGACAUGAGGGAGGUGGUCUGCAUUAAGAAGCAAAGACCUUCCAUUGCAAAUCACUGGAGCAGCGAUGAGUGUCUACGGCAGAUGGGGAAACUGAUGUCAGAGUGCUGGGCUCACAACCCGGCUUGUCGUCUCACAGCCCUCCGGGUGAAGAAGACCCUCGCGAAGAUGUUAGAGUCCCAAGACAUCAAACUGUGACAGAGAAUCAGAGAGAUGCUUUCUUCUCACCUACAGACUUGUCACUGCCACUGGCACAGACCUCUUAAAACGACCAGUCGGAGAAAGGGAAAAUAAGAGACUGUGAAUGAUCGGACAAAAAAAGACACCGGCACGCAGGAUAGGCGAUAAUGGCGCCAGGAAGAAUGUCAAGAAAAAGAUUUAGCAGACGUUUGUCCUCAGACUAAGAGAUCAGAUUGUGCUUUCUGUGAAAGCGGAGUGUUGGCCCGGCCAAAGAUCGUCGGUGUGGGUGGGGAGCGGCCCUGCAGGUUCCAGUGAGGAUGCCGCUGCAGCCCCCUUCCUGAAGCCAUACAGCAGUAUUCUGAGCAGUCUUUUGUGCUGUCACAACUGCCCUUUAUGUGUUUGAGUGAUUUUUAUUUCCAUGAGCUUUGUGAGACUCGUUGCAUGGAGAGUUCACAUUCAACAUGAUGGUAGCUUCAGCCUAAUAAUUCUAAGACAAGUGACCUCAUAGUCAAAAAGAAUAUUGAAUAUAUAAAUGUAUUUUUUAUUUUGUAAUUUUGUUCCCCAUAAUGUAUUUUUUAAGUUUAUUUUGUUUCAAAAUUAAACUAAGAUCUUCUGAGCUUUCCAAGCC